GAAUGAAUGGAUGGAUGAAUGAAUGAUGGGAAAUUAAAUAUAUGACGGAAAUGAGAAUAGAGGUGUUGUGGUGUUUGAAGUCUGUUGCUUCAUUUGGCCACUAGGUGUCUCAGUUUUCCUCUCUGCAGAUUAAAGUACAAUAAACUCAUCUGUAACUCCACACACACACACACACACACACACACUCAGUCUAAGUGGAGCUGUACGGGACGAUCGGGUCCGUCAGCAUGGACAGCGCGACUCUGGAGUGGGACCCUGCGGCCGCCGCGCUCCCGAUGCGGGGUGAGUUCACGUGUGAAGCCCGGGUCCGGUACACGCUGCUCCUGACGGAGAGGGAGCUGACGGUGCAGAAGGUCGGCACCGGGCGGGGGAAACCGGGAGCGGUGACCGUGCUGGAGCUCCAGGACUGCAUCGGCUGCUGCGCGUACGGAGCGGAGGUCGGGGCGGACACGAGCGCGGGAUUCGCGGUGUUCUUCUACACAGUGAGGAGGCGCUGGGCCGGGCUGAGUUCUGCUCAGAGGCGCUGCCGAGUGGAGCUCCGAUUCCGGGUGACAGGGAGCUCGGACCCGCGGACAAACCUGGAGGAGGCGCAGAGAUGGGCACGAGCUAUCCGGCAGGGCUCCUCACUCCCGACAGGUAGCGUGUGUGCGGAUGUCAGGAGGCCCUGCAGGUUCCUGGUUCUGAUAAACCCUCAGAGUGGUAAAGGUCAGGCCCAAGCUCUGUUCAACAACCAUGUGCAACGCAUGCUACAGGAAGCUGACAUCACAUACACACUUCAAAUUACAGAGCGUCAGAACCACGCCCGCGAGCUGGUACGAGAAGCGGACUUGUCCCAGUGGGACGCCGUGGUCAUCAUGUCCGGAGACGGGCUGCUGUUUGAGGUCGUGAACGGUCUGAUGGAGAGGGAGGACUGGGAGAAAGCUAUUCAGACUCCUCUCGGCAUCCUGCCUGGGGGCUCGGGGAAUGCCUUAGCUGCCUCCAUGCACUACUACUCUGGUGCACAGCCAGUUUGGGGUGAGGAACUACUAGUGAGCUGUGGGUUCAUGUUGUGUAAAGGCCUGGUGUCGCAUCUGGACCUCGUCUCCGUCUGCAUGGGAUCCAGCCAGCGCCUGUUCUCCUUCCUAUCCCUGGCCUGGGGCUUUGUGGCAGACGUGGACAUCGAGAGCGAGAAGUACCGUCACGUCGGAGCAGCUCGCUUCACCAUGGGUACCUUAGUGCGCCUCGCCUCGCUGAGGGUGUACAAAGGAAAACUCGCGUACCUUCCUGCUGAGGAGCCUCAACCCCCUCAGAGCCACGUCCGGUCGACAAGCAAUGAUUUCAACUCAUCAUCGGUUAAUUCCCACUUGUCAAGGACUUUAAAUUGUCAAAAUAACCUCUUGCACAAUUCAUGCAAUUCGAACAAUGCACACAAACCCAACUGGACCAGCGAGUCACCAGGGACCACACAAGGCCCCCCUGAUACCCUCCUUGUACCUCUGGACCAGCCUGUGCCAGCACAUUGGACUGUGGUCAAAGAGGAGGAUUUUGUCCUGGUGAUGGCAGUGUACCAGUCCCACCUUGCUGAAGACUUGAUAGCUGCCCCUGCAUCCAGACUGGACGACGGCGUUAUGCACCUGAUCUACGUGAAAGCGGGAAUCUCACGUCAGGCCCUCUUGUGCCUCUUCCUGGCCAUGGAGAAAGGUGCGCACUUGAGCACAAACUGCCCUUUUGUGGUGUACGUUAAAGUUCGCGCACUACGACUCGAACCCUAUUCACCCAAAGGGACCAUCACUGUGGACGGAGAAGCAGUGGAAUACGGUCCGGUGCAGGCGCAGAUCCACGGCAGUCUUGCGAGGAUUAUAGCCGGGUAGCCUGAUUAGCACGUAGAAAUCCACGAACUGCGGAAGAUUACAGUCAAUUAGUAAUUAAGCAAUAAAAAAAAAUUAUUUACUUUUUUAUUUAUUGUUAGUACCGAAGGAAUGGACAUGUUUCCCAUCAGGAAAGGGCUUCCUUUUUUUUCUAACAAGUAGCAUUAGGAGAAAUUUUAUUGUAAUAGCACUCGGUCCCCAUAAUCCUUGACUUGUUAUUGGUAGCACAUCGUUUCAGGGUUUUUGAAGUGAGGUACUACAGUUUUUGAGCUAAACAACGACUUCUACUGUGUGAUUGAUGUCUACUGCUGUUGUUAAAGCGCUACUAAUAGUAGUGGCAAUUAUUUAUUUUUUAUACCUCUGUUUAUUCCCCGUUUAUAUGAGGAGCAAUAUAUAUAUAUUAAUAUAUUUGAUAUAUUAUAUAUAAACCAGUACAGGACUGAAAUAAAAGUCUACACAUAAAACUACGAAUGAUCACGUGGUACAAAAAUAGCGCUUUAUUAGUUCCAGACUUGGCUAAUCAAAGAACGCUCACAAUGCUAGCUCCACAGGCUCGUCCUGAAGAUAAACAUGAUCAAAGUUCUCACAGGCUCCUCGCAUUCUUUACUAAUCUACUCAAGUAAUCUAGCUGAUGAGGUCAUACACGGCGUAUCCGAAAGCAUGAUCUAGGAUACCAGCAUUGAUUCGAAAGCUUAAAACACAACACCCCUUCCUCCCUCUGCAAAACACACACACACACACACACACACACACACAAACCAAACCCCACCCAGUCUGAAACCCAGCUGGUUUGUGCUGAUUACAUCCCCCCAUCAUCUAAACACCAAUCCCAACAUGGACCUUCUGUUUAUCAGUGUGGCAAGAUGAGAUUAUUGCGUUUCACUAACAUUUAUAUAUUUAUAGUUUGAUUGAUCAAAUAAUAUGAUAUUUAGUACUAACGCUGUUAAAAAGUCUUAGUAAAGUGAUGCUCUGAUCACAACACGACGAAUCAAAUGAUCCGUGCUGGUCGUGUGCAAGGAGAAGGGUGAGGUAGGGGGAAGGGGGCGGAGCUACAGACUCGCCUUAAGCUACAAUUAAACACUGGUGCAGAAUUAAAUAGCGGCUGUCGAGGGAGGUGUCAGUAGUUUGCAAAAUCAGCACACAGAAAGACACGCGUUAAACAGACACUACACAGAGACACUACACAGGCACUACUGCAUCAUGGGUAAUACCUGUGGUUACUCAGCCACUGAGUAUAAUCAAUGGCAUUAAAUUAUUCAAAAGACAGACGUUAUAGUGAACGUAGCGAGCAAGACAUGACGUGUAGAAUUCAUGACAUUUUUUAUUUUUUUUUUGCUGUGCACUUCACUGUGGGAUCGAACCAGAGGUCACGACCUUGGCUGUUUCCUCAAGGGGAAAGAGACGAUCCCGACGAUUCGAGCGGAAAUUUUAUUUAAUUUUUUUUCCGGUUUCAGAUUUCGAUAUAUAAUAAUAUAUAAAGCAUAACAAAAUACUAUAUGGACAAAGGUUUGUGGACACCUAAGCAUUGCUAUGUGCUUCUUCUUG